AUGGCUGACAUGACAAUCAACGAGUCAGGCUUGCAGGAAAUUGCCAAUGCCAUGCGACAGGAUGCAAUUAUGGAAGGACACAACAACAUGCAGCACAAACGAAAGCGCGACUCGGAAUCAGCUGAUGACACGAGACGCAAGCGUGUGUCCCCCAACUCUGGAGAAACUUUACAGGAUUUUAGUGAUCUUCACCACCAAGGUGACCAGAAUGGAUCCUCCGAGCAUGCCUCUGCAACAGCUGCCGCGGCACUUCAAGGAAUCUAUCCUUCCAUGAGCAUUCCUCAACCCACCGAAGUAACUUUCGCUACCCAAGGCUCUGACUCUGAUCGCAAUCCUGAUGCUUCUUUCAUGAACGAUAGUCAAGCAGGAGAAAGCUUUAUGGAGCAAUCUCAACCUGUACGCGCGCCCAAGCCUGCUGUGGGAUCCGAUGAAUGGCACAAAGUGCGGAAAGACAAUCACAAAGAAGUGGAACGUCGCCGCAGAGAAACCAUCAACGAAGGCAUUAAUGAACUUGCCAAGAUUGUACCUGGAUGUGAGAAGAACAAGGGUUCUAUUCUUCAACGUGCAGUGUCUUUUAUAACACAGCUCAAAGAAAACGAGACCCAAAAUAUCGAAAAGUGGACGUUGGAGAAGCUUCUAACAGAGCAAGCCAUUGCGGAGCUUAGUGCCAGCAACGAUAAGCUCAAGAGCGAAUGCGAGCGUGCCUGGAGGGAAGUGGAAACCUGGAAAAAGACUUGCCAGCUUGCGGGAAUAGAUCCAAAGAAGGAGCUUGAGAACUAG